CUUUUACCGGCCGGGCCUUAGAGCGCAGCCUGUAGCCGGGCGCCAUCUUUGACGCUGGCAGUCUUGGUUUUCUACUAGUGCUGCUGCUGCUGGGAGGACGACGGACGGCAGCGGCCAAGCGAGAAGAAAGACGUGGCAGCAAGCGGGAGUCGGGGAUAGUGUCAUCGGUUCGGGUCCCACUACUUUGGAGCUUGUCUCAAACUCCACAUACAGAAAGCCACCGAUCUUAUUCCGGUAUCGUACACCCAUUCCCCACCCUCAUUACACUCCCACCCCUGGCCCUCAGCGUGGGAGUCAAGAGCAACAGGGACACUUCCGUACUCCUUGUAGGAUUGGUGAAACCGUAAUGAAGAACACCCCUAAACUCCCAUAAUCGGUGCGGAUUCCUGUGGGGAAGGCCUAUAUUGUUGACAUCUUCCAGGCCUUGGUUCUGGACCUUGAGAAGGAGGCUGUGGAACUAGAGAUAGCGAUGCUUUUUAGGAUUUGGGGAUAUUCCCUGCCCAAAAAAUUCCUGGAAAAUUGACUAGUAUUAAGUGCGUAAUAGAUUGGAACUCAGUGAAGACACAGACGUUCCUGUUGAGAGCAACCAGCUAAUGAUUACAGUUUAAAGACAAUUUCUGUGAUCAAGUUGUCAUUUGUAAGAUUAAACCCAUUUCACGAGGACUUGGAGCCUGGUCCUUGCUUUGAGGAAGCAGUGGCUUGUUUCAAGAAGCCGCUUCUGAUCUAAGAAUCUACCCAGCAUGCCUAAUCAAGGAGAAGACUGCUAUUUUUUUUUCUAUUCUACAUGUACCAAAGGUGACAGCUGCCCAUUCCGUCACUGUGAAGCUGCACUAGGAAAUGAAACUGUUUGCACAUUAUGGCAAGAAGGGCGCUGUUUUCGACAGGUGUGCAGGUUUCGGCACAUGGAGAUUGAUAAAAAACGCAGUGAAAUUCCUUGUUAUUGGGAAAAUCAGCCAAAAGGAUGUCAAAAAUUAAACUGCGCUUUCCGUCACAAUAGAGGACGAUAUGUUGAUGGCCUUUUCCUACCUCCGAGUAAAACUGUGUUGCCCACUGUGCCUGAGUCACCAGAAGAGGAAGUGAAGGCUAGCCAACUUUCAGUUCAGCAGAACAAAUUGUCUGUCCAGUCCAAUCCUUCCCCUCAGCUGCGGAGCGUUAUGAAAGUAGAAAGUUCCGAAAAUGUUCCUAGCCCCAACCAUCCACCAGUUGUAAUUAAUGCUGCAGAUGAUGAUGAAGAUGAUGAUGAUCAGUUUUCUGAGGAAGGUGAUGAAACCAAAACACCUACCCUGCAACCAACUCCUGAAGUUCACAAUGAAUUACGAGUGACUUCUGUCCGGAAACCUGCAGUCAAUAUAAAGCAAGGUGAAUGUCUGCAUUUUGGAAUAAAAACUCUUGAGGAAAUUAAGUCAAAGAAAAUGAAGGAAAAAUCUAAGAAGCAAGGUGAAGGUUCUUCAGGAGUUUCCAGUCUUUUACUCCACCCUGAGCCUGCUCCAGGUCCUGAAAAAGAAAAUGUCAGGACUGUGGUGAGGACAGUAACUCUCUCCACCAAACAAGGAGAAGAACCCUUGGUUAGACUGGGUCUUACUGAGAGACUGGGGAAACGAAAAUUUUCGGCAGGCGUUGACAGUGAUCCUCCAUUAAAGCGUAGCCUGGCACAGAGGCUAGGGAAGAAAGUUGAAGCUCCAGAAACUAACACUGACAAAACACCAAAGAAAGCUCAAGUUUCCAAGUCUCUUAAGGAGCGAUUAGGCAUGUCAGCUGAUCCAAAUAAUGAGGACGCAACAGAUAAAGUUAAUAAAGUUGGUGAGAUCCAUGUGGAGACAUUAGAAGAAAUGCUUCUUGAAAGAGCCAGUCAGAAACAUGGGGAAUCGCAAACUAAACUCAAGACAGAAGGACCUUCAAAAACUGAUGAUUCUACUUCAGGAGCAAGAAGCUCCUCCACUAUCCGUAUCAAAACCUUCUCUGAGGUCCUGGCUGAAGAAGAACAUAGGCAGCAGGAAGCAGAGAGACAAAAAAGCAAAAAGGAUACAACUUGCAUGAAGCUAAAGACUGAUAGUGAAAUUAAAAAAACAGUAGUUUGGCCACCCAUUGUUGCCAGCAAAGGACAAUCAGAGGAGCCUGCAGGUAAAACAAAGUCCAUGCAGGAGGUGCACAUGAAGACGCCAGAAGAAAUUAAACUGGAGAAGGCACCGAGGGUGCAGCAGAGCUCUGAGAGCAGCACCAGCUCCCCGUCUCAACAUGAGGCCACUCCAGGGGCAAGGUUGCUGCUGCGAAUCACCAACAGAACAUGGAGGAAAGAAGAGAAGAAACUUCAGCGAGGAAAUGAAGUUGAUUUUCAGAGCAGUAUUAGAAUAGAAGCUACAGAGGCUUCAGUUGAGGCCACAAGAUUUGACGUCACUAAAACUCAAGUCAAGAGAUGUGAGAUCAUGAGAGAGAUGCGCAUGCAGAAACAGCAGGAGAGGGAAGAAUCAGUCUUGACACCUCUUCAGGGAGAUGUAGCCUCUUGCAAUACCCAAGUGGCAGAGAAACCAGUGCUCACUGCUGUGCCAGGAAUCACAUGGCACCUGACCAAGCAGCUUCCCACAAAGUCAUCCCAGAAGGUGGAGGUAGAAACCUCAGGGAUUGGAAACUCAUUAUUGAAUGUGAAAUGGGCAACACAGACCUUGGAAAAAACGGGUGAAGCUAAACCCAAAGUGAAUGUGAAGCAAUCUGUAGUUAAAGUUGUGUCAUCCCCCAAAUUGGCCCCAAAACGUAAGGCAGUGGAGAUGCACCCUGCUGUCACUGCCGCUGUGAAGCCACUGAGCUCCAGCAGCGUCCUACAGGAACCCCCAGCCAAAAAGGCAGCUGUGGAGGCUGUUGUCCUGCUUGUCUCUGAGGACAAAUCAGUCACUGUGCCUGAAGCAGAAAAUCCUAGAGACAGUCUUUUUCUUUAUUUAUUUUUAUUUUUUAUUUUUUCUUUCUUUUUUUUUUUAAUAUACUGUAAGUUUUAGGGUACAUGUGCACAUUGUGCAGGUUAGUUACAUAUGUUUACAUGUGCCAUGCUGGUGCGCCGCACCCACUAACUCGUCAUCUAGCAUUAGAUAUAUCUCCCAAUGCUAUCCCUCCCCCCUCCCCCCACCCCACCACAGUCCCCAGAGUGUGAUAUUCCCCUUCCUGUGUCCAUGUGAUCUCAUUGUUCAAUUCCCACCUAUGAGUGAGAAUAUGCGGUGUUUGGUUAGAGACAGUCUUGUGCUGCCUCCAACCCAGUCCUCUUCAGAUUCCUCACCCCCGGAGGUGUCUGGCCCUUCCUCAUCCCAAAUGAGCAUGAAAACUCGCCAACUCAGCUCUGCCUCAACAGGAAAGCCCCCACUCUCUGUGGAGGAUGAUUUUGAGAAACUAACGUGGGAGAUUUCAGGAGGCAAAUUGGAAGCUGAGGUUGACCUGGAUCCUGGGAAAGAUGAAGAUGACCUUCCGCUUGAGCUAUGAGAAAUGAUUGAUAGCUGAAGGUGGUAGUGAGGACACUUUAAAAAAAAAUCGCCAAAAAACUGGACUUAGUUUCAUCUAUUGUAACAUUUACCUGAGAUGAUCAUUUCUUUAGUCUAGAAUUUGCCCCAAAUCAGAAGUAUACCUCUGAAUUAUCUGUAUGUGUCCUGGAUUCCUUGGGGUCAGAUUUUUAAAGUUACUUUAUAACCAUUUUGUCCAUUUGAUGCCAUUGUUUAUCAUCUUUUGAGAAAAAAGUUCUGUCAUACCCUUCUCUCCACAAAAAAGAGACUGAGAGGGAGAUCAAGUGAAAGGGUGCAAGCAAACUUAGUGACUCCUUGAGGUGUUUGUCAGUUUUGGCUUUUUUCUCCUUUGUUGUAUUCUUUACGUAUUGUCUUGAUGUACUUAAUAUUACCUGAGUUUGAAAUAGAUGAAGACAGCUGCUACCAUUAAGGACCAAAUUUUAUGCUACCACUAAACAAAAAUACCCACUCAGUCUGUGUUAAAUUGUAUGUCUUUUUAAAGGUAUUUAGAGAUUCAAGUAAGCUUUAAAGAGGGCUGAGCAGCUCAGGAAGCCUGUAAUGUGGGCAUAACUCUUUGGACCUAAUCUUGAUGCUUCUGCUGCUCUGUUGGCCUCUGAAGAGCAAUAUCUAAUUUAUUAUUACUGUCAUUUUUUAAAAGGCUUUAAAGUGCCUCAGGGGUCCCCUGAAACUAAUUUUCUAUUUCUGGGAUUCCCUGGAUUCAUUAUAUGAGAUGGUGACAUGAUUAGAGGAAUUCUUUUUUAGUAUGAAAAUUGUCCCUUUUCUUCUUCAGUACUUGCCUCCUUGCUGGCACUGAAUUAACACAGGGACAAAAUUUGGUUAAUUUUUUAUUUCUAAUUCUCCCAACAAACCCCUGUUGCCCAGUAUUUAUGUGGUGGCCUUUAACCACCUGAGGGAAAAAAUGAGCUUAUUCAAGCUGCCAAUAUUUAUCUAUGGGCUGUAGCAGUACACUGAAUUGUACUGUGCCAGGGAUAUUGAGAUGCUCUGGGGGUGUAUUGUAUACCUGCCAGUUUUCUUCAUUUCUGAAUUGAGUUUUCUUUUCUUGAUGUCGGUUUCCUUCAUAUCACCUCAAGGUUUAGAUUUGUGAAGGAAUAAGCAUGAUGGAAAUAAUAGUCUUGAAAGGAGAUAUGUUGUAUAUAAUCAGAAGGAAGAGGAAGGAAGGACUUACCCAUUUUGAUAUUUUGCUGUAGGUGGCCAGUUCUGUUUCUCAUAGGGAAAUCUGACCCACCUGUCAUGUUGGCUCCUGAGGAACUGCUGUUGUAAGCGGCUCAUCAAGAGUUGAACUUCACGUAGCCUUGUUGGGAAUAUGGAAAAGGAAGAAAGCCACAGGACUGCCCAUUCAGUCUUGUUAAGAUUGGGAUGAUUCUGCACAAGCAAAAAUGACUUGAAAUUUAUGUAUCGACACACCUCUACCAAUCCAUCUUCAGCUGACUGAAUGUUGUAUGAUAGCCCUUCUCCAAAGCAGGGGUAGAAUGUUCAGGUUUCACCACGGAUGUUCUACUUAUUUCGCUUUUGGAAUCAGCUUACAGAUUCCAGGUCCCUUUUGUAUAUAUUCUUUAUUCUUUUGCUUUUUUAAAAAAAUAAACUUGUAUUAGUCAA